UAAUUUUGUUAGUAUGAAUGUAUCCCACAUAUUGCAUGGGAUACACUUACACUAAAAAAGUAUUUAUUGUUUAUUUGAAAUUCACAUUUCACUGGGUGUCCUGUAUUUUUAAUUUGCUCAAUCUAGCAGCCUGGCCAUGCCAGACCACCAACUGUUCCCUCUGUGCAGUGUCCCCAGGACCACCAAGACCUGGCCCCAAGCCCACUCCGUCACCAGCUGUGAGACACGGAAUAUCCGGGUCCUCCCUCUGAGGGCUGUUUGUCUCACCUCAUGGGUGAUUGUGGUCCUAAGCUGGGCCCUCCAGCAUCACCAAAUGGGGCUCUGGUCCUGUGGACCUGACACGCUCCUCAGUUAUGUGGGGGACACCUGCAAUAGGGCUUGACAUGUAGGAGUUGUGAGUCUUCUCUCCUUACACUUCCUGUCCUUACAACCUGGGACACAUGAGGGUCCAGGGUAGAUCAGCAGAAGGUGGACUGCAUGACCUUCUCAGGCCUGGGUUGGCUGCCAGCCAGAAGCCCUGAGGAAGACAAGGGGAACAUGGACCUCUGUCCCUCUGCACACCACAGUAAACCUCUGUCAUCAGAUCCCAGGGUCCAAGAUGUGCACUCAGCAACCAGAGCUGAAAACAUUUCCCAGUGACCAGGGUGCACCAGGCACGCUGUAGGUAAAAGAUGAACCAAGUCAGGGACCUCACACCAAGGAUCUCAAAGUCUAGUGGGAGAGAUAGAUUCACCUCAGUGCAGGAAGAAUAAAGCAAUGUAAGUGAUAAAAAGGGAAGAAAAGAUUCUACGAGGAACAGAACAGAGGAGGAAGUUGUCAGCAGUUGCGGCCGAGGACAGGGAGAGAUGUUCCAGGCACAGGGACUACUACUUGAGGAAUCCGGUCCAGGACACAUGGGCCCUGCCCCUCCCUGGCACAGGGCACCACAGGCCUGAAGGAAGACGGGUGUGGGAGCAGGCAGAGCUCCCCUGCCAACAGGGACUUGAAGGUCAUGCAUAGGCAUUUGUAAAGGAUUAGGAGGGAGAGAGAAUUGUAUCCGCAAAAAGCAGCACAUCCCAGUCAAUAAUAAAAGCAUCAUGAGGCGUGGCAUGGAAAAAAAGCAUCAUGUGAGAAAACAUUUUGGAAGAGUUGGAAUUUAGCAAUGACUGUGCAAAGGGUAUUUCAGUGCUCAUCUCACGGAAAAGCUGAUUCAUGAGGAUACAUGCUCAAAUUGAGUUUGUUUGAAGUAUUCUGAUUCAAAAAGAUGACCCUACAAUAAGGAGAAGAAAAUACACAUCCUUAAGUGUAAUUCUUGGGGCUCCAAGGCUGCAGGGCACCACCAGUUCACCCAUGCGCAUAUUCACAGUGGGCAUGGCAGACCCUUUGCUCUUCUCCAGGGGAUCAACUGGAGAGUCCAUUUUUAAAUUCCUGCCGGGGGAUCCUGUUUCCCCUAGUGUGCUCUGGUGUUUUGCAGAACCUUCUCCACCUGAUGCAAGUUUGGCCUGGGUCGGUGGAGGAAGUGCUGUUGAGUCCUGCACAGUUGCCUGGAGGUAGAGGGCAAAGCCAGCAUUUCAUCCGCUGACCCUGUAAUUUAGAUAAGGCAUCACUUAAUGACCAUUCACACUGUGGCUGUAAACAGAGCCCCGGGUAAUAUACUCAACAUUACGUGGAAGUUUGCUGGACGCUGGCCCGCCAGAAGGCAUCAAAGCCACUCCCCAACUUAGAGCACUGAGAGCAGUGUGAGAGACCAACUGGGAAAUGGCAAAGUCACGAUGAAGUCUCUUUUCAUCUCCCCCUGAUAGAAAUGCAAUCCAGACAUAAACAGUACAUGCCACGCUGCUGAGGGAUGCCUUCCCCAGAGCCAGCCUGUCAAUAGUCUCCAAGAACAAUCCUGUCCACCUGUUUCCAUUUCUUACCAUGGGGGAAUUUUACAUAUUUGAGGGAUGUGGAAUCAAAAAGUAAAUAAAAUCCACUUGGAUUCAAAUUCACUAAUUUGAAAUUUGUGAUAAUUCUGCGAUUAUUGGAUUAUAAUUGACUGUCAAUAAAGUAAGUCCUCCUAAGCCUGUCAACAGUGUGAGUAAUAUCAUGACAAGUGGAAGGGUUUUCUCAUUUAUUUAACAGAUAUUGCUUGCACUGUACACUGUGCUACAUGAAAAAGAAACACAAACGUGGACCCUGCCACCAAUAAGCACUCAGGCUAGCAGGAGGGACAAACAUUAAACAACAAAUCACCCAGUUAAAUGCUUAAUUAUAAUUAUGGUAAGUGCUGCAAAAUAAUGGGUAUAGCUUACGAUAAAGGGGUGUAAUGAGCAGACUUGGAAUAGCCUGAGGAAGCUGCAUCAUCAAAGGGACAUGUGAACUGGGCUCUGAAGCACAUGUUGGAGUUAACCCGGUAAUGAUGAAAGGAUGGAAGUAAAAAAGUCCAGGCAGAGGGAACACCACGUGUAGAAGCCCUGAGGCAGGAAGUAGGAUGGCAUAAAACUGGAAAAAGACCAGGGUGGCUGGAAAGUCAAGCAUGAGGGGAAAGAUGGCACAAGGUGUGGAUGGAAAGAGAGGAUCUGAGUUAAGGAGAUUGAUAUUCAUUCCUUAAAACUGGAAAGUCAUCAAGGGAUUCUAAGCAAGAGGUUGAUAUGAACAAGUUUGAGUGUUGAAAGCUGCCUCUUGGUGCAGGGCAGGAAUGGGCUGCUGCAGUGGCCGAGGGAUUUGAGACAGCAACUUGGUCCACACAGUGACUGUGGAGAUGGAGACUGGUGUGUAAGGAAGAGACCUUCGGAAAUGAAACUCAUGGGACUAGGAAAUGGAUGUCAUAGGUGAAGGCACAGGAGGAGGAAAUCGAAAGUGACAUCAGGUUUCUGAGGUCCCCAGGGAGAAAGUGGGCUUGCAGAAGACUCAUGGACUCUGCUUUAAAAGUGUGGGUUGGAAGGGCUGUGAUACAGGGGCACCCAGCUGCCUGGUGGGUGGGCAGAGGCGUGGACUGUAGCCAGGCAAAUGGCCUGGCCUGGACGCAGCCUCAGUGUGUGGAUGCUUGCAGGGACCGUGGUGUGGGGACAAUCACCUGCAUGUAGACUGUACAGUGAGAAGAGAAGAGGCUCCAGGACUGGGAGCAGAGGAAAUCCAGCAGUCAAGGAGAGGAAGAGACUAAACAUCCAGACAGGGAGGGGAGAAGGAAAGAGUCAAAGUGAGAGAGUAUCUCAAGUAGACGGUGGCCAUUAGGCUAGAUUGCAGUCUAGAAGUUCAGUCAGAUGAGGAGCAAAAGUGCCAUCAGAAGAUCCAUCAGGGAGGAGUGGGGGCCAGACACUAAAGGCCGAGUGAGACAGGUAAGGAAAUAAUGGAGGGGGGAGAUAAGAAGCAUUUAAGAGAACAGUCUUUGAAGGCCACAGACAUAAAUAGGAAUUGACCAGGUCAUGAUUAAAUAUUGAUGUUUAUUUCUAUGCAUUCAUGACGAGGUUCCAAGACCUUGUUUAGAACAUGGCCCUGCCAUGUGCACUGUAUCCUCCAUCAUGCUGCCUGAAGGGAACACACCCUUUCACUGGCAAAGUGCUCUACCAGCAAGAAUUUUCGCCAAUUCAGAGUGGCUUCCUUCAAGUGGUUCAAAGUGGUGAGCAAGAGAGUUUUUCCACUGGCAUCUGGAAAAUUCAUUCCAGCAGCAAUGUCAGUGAGUCCAUGAGGCAACUGCCUAGGGGGAAAGCCUAAGCACAGGGUGAGGGGUGUCCUAACCAUUCACAAAACAAAUGCCACUAUGUCAUUCUGCACCUCCAUCUCACCAGUGUGUGACACCAGAUGGGUUUCAUCCUCAUCCCUAAGUCAGAUCUCAGUGGAGCUUCAGGCAGGGGAGUGGCCUUAUUAUUUAGAGAUGCAAAUGGAUCGAUCUGAAUUUUUUGGAAGACCAUAAGACCCAAGACCAGGAGUCUUUCUCAACAAAAUUCAUAUUAUCUUUUCCCUUCUUUUCUGUGCCUCAGUUUGCCCUCCAGGAAAAAAAAAAUCAGAAUAAAGAUAACCCAAUUCAGAGCAUUACCACAAACAGUGAUUUAACUUCUAUUUAUUGAGCUCAGUAUACAAAGGUAUACAAGACUCCCUUCCUUGGUUCAAGGAACUUCCUUUCUAGUUGAGGAGAGAAAGCAGCGAUCAUCAGUUCCUGAAACAUAUGGGUCAUGAUGUAUGAAGUGACAACACGGCUGAGCUUUGGAAAAGAUGGGCAGUGAUGACACCAAAUAUAAGCAUAAAAAGAUGUUUUAAAACUACACAUCCUGAAACUCAGCACAGCAGGCACCUGCAGCUUCCAGUACUGUAACAGAGAAAAAAACAAAAAUUCCCCACUUUGCAAUUGCAUCUGUGAAUGAGAAGCUCCAGUUUUGUGGGAAGAGGGAAACACCUAAACUUGCCAGAAUCAUCACCAGAGACACCUGCCGGCUGACGAGGACAGCUUUCUUGGAGCCGACAGAUGAUGCAGGGAAACAAGAAGUGCACAGAUGGGUUCAGUGACUCCUCCAGCAUCGGCAGCGUGUUGGAUGAUGCAGACAGGGAAGUGAGCAGCCUCACAGACCGGGCAUUCCGGAGCUUGUGCAUCUCAGAGGAUACAUCCUUCCAUGACUCCUAUCUGGCCGUGUCCCCAGAUAUCACCCGACAGGUGUUUGGGACUUUUCACCAGAGAACAGUGAGCCACACCCAGAGGAAAAGUGGCAUUUGGAGCCAGUUACCAUCACAGGGCACGGAACAUUCAGGCUGGGCAGCCACCUUCCGACAGCUACCCAAGUACGUUCAGGGAGAGGAAAAGUACCCCAAAACCAGCCCCCCACCAACGCCAGUCCAGAGGAGACUGGAGGUGCCAGUUUCCGGCCUAAGGAGCAGCAACAAGCCGGUCUCCAAAGUAUCAACACUAAUUAAAUCUUUCGACAGGACCGAGAGCCAACGUUGUGAGAGCAGGCCCACUACCAGCAAGCCUCCGGCUCUGAAAAAUCCCCCCAAAUUCGCUCCUCUUCCAGAAAGCAGUGUCAACUUCUGCUUUGAUUCUGCAUUUCUGACAGUCAGGAGGGUGCCCGCUGAAGUUUCCAACACCCACCAGAACAGCCACCAGCCAGGCAGGAAGCACGGAGAACAGGAGUCCUCCAAGAACCCAGAAAUGGCCUGUCACAGCUCCAGCAGCUUCCUCCCGGCAGCCGACGACACGGCCACCUCAUCUGAGUCAAAAUUCCCCUCUCCACACCACAAGCCAGUCAUGGGUGAGCCUGGGAGAGGCAAAGGCACCUUUCUGCACAGUGAAAAUAGUGCUUUUGAGUCAUGGAAUGCCCACCAACCAAAGCUGCUGGAGAGAAAGGACGUGGCUGGAACCGUCCCAGAAAGCAAAGCUCCCAAGCACUAUGGGGACACGACCUUGCUAAGUGAACCCCGUCCUCCUGAGUGCACAGUCUCUCCCUGCCAGGUUCAGGCCUGCCACAGUCAGGAAGAGAACAGACUCACAGCAGGGGCUCUGUCCACAUCCGUACCCUGGGGGUGCAGGGAUCCAGGAUCCCAGGUAUUUGCUGUGGAAGGAAAAGCUCCCAGCUCACAGCCUGAUUCUCAAGAGAAGCCAGCCCAGCCCCCAUGGAGGAAGCCAAAGACUGGCAAAAAAGGGAAAGAAAGUCUACAAGAUACCUCGGAAGAAAAGACACAGACCAAAAGGAGAGGCCCACCUUUGUAUACAAAACACAACCCCCAGGGACAGUUUCCAGAAAAUGAUGCUCUUGACCUGCCUGUGGAACCCAAUGAACAUUAUGAUCCCCCCUUUAACAUCAGUAAGCUCCUGACCCCCAUCAUACCCAGCAAGCACACCCUGGAUUCAGCAGAGAGCCAGCCGGCAGAGCAAACCCCAUCACCCCCGGGACAGCUAAACGGAUACCAAGAGAAGGAGCCCAGUGAAUGUCAGUCUCGAGACAGCUACAAGUCCAAAGCCCCUAGCCUGCUGUUUAACCUCAAGGACGUGCGGAAGCGUGUUAAGAGCACAUACAGUUCCUCACCUCUCUUGAAAGGGCUUGAUGAGAAAACUAGAGGUAAGGUUGAUGGAAAGCAAGAACCUGUGAGCAACGGUGUCAUCCUACCCAAUGGGCUUGAGGAAAGCCCUCCAAACGAGCUUUCUAAGGAGAGACCCGCUGAUGACCCCACUGCAUCACACAUCAAUCCCCAGAAGGUCCCUACAGCUGACCCCAGUGAGCCCUCUGCAGACAGCUAUCUAACUGUUAGCACAGCUUCGACUAUCACCAAAGUUCCCUUCUAUGUUAACGGGGAGGCUGCUGAGAGGAGCAGUUAUGAGAAUGACGAGGUGGAAGGCGAGUUGGAGAUGGGUCCUGCCAGAUCCGGCUGGUGUCCAGACUCCAGGGAACACCGCCCCAGGAAACACCUCUCCCUCAGGCUUUGCAGUAGGGAUCCUGAGCCUGGAAGGGCUACAGAGAAAAUGAAGACUCACCAGCUAGAGAAUGGGCUCUCCAGAUCUGUGUCCCAAGAGACAGAACCUGAGAGGGAGGCAGGACUUCAGAACACACACUUGAACCAGAAAUUAUCCCCAGGGCCCCUCUCUCCUGAGGAGGAAGAUGUGUUUUACAGUGACAGCCAAUCCGAUUUUAUGCCAAGCCUCAAGGGUAAGGCCAAAUUCAGCACCAGCUCUUCAGAUCAAUCCUUUGCCUCAUUUGAUGAUCAGCAGAAGACGUGGUUUACUGAGAACCAGCGGGAAGACAGGAGGAAGGAUGUGAGUGCAGGUGACAGUCAGAAGGAUGAGAAGGAGAACGUGGUGGGGAAGGAUGAGCCGCAGUACUGCGCCUUAAGCAAUGGGCACGCACGCCUGGAAGACGGCAGCCAGUGGGAAGCAUUGCAAAGAGAAGGGGAAAGUGUGCCUGGAGGAAGAACCAGGAAGGCAUCGGCAGAGGAAGCUAAUUUCAGAGGCUCUCGGAUUGGGGAAAAUAAGAGUACGACCUUUUCACAGGCCAAAGACCUUACUCCCUCACCAUCUUCUGCUUCAAACAGGCACAUACUGUUUACCAUUAAAGACAACACUCUCAGAGCCACCCCUGUAAUUAAACCUAUCAUGCUGCCUCUCCUGAGGACCAUGUCCUCGGAGGACUCCCUCAGCAGUGGCCACAAAGAGGAGGAAUUGCCAAGGCCAGAAUGGGGUGAGGAUCCUGGUUUCUGUGCCCCCGAAAACCAGGACAUUCUUGGUACAUCGACACCCACUAACACGCUGAGCACACGUGUGAAGUGCAUGGCCAACGAGGUCAUGGAGGACCCCAGGCAGGGGUCCAGCAUGGUCAGGAUGGAGGCCUCUCAGCCAGCCCCAAAGGGGAAUUUCCCAUCUAUGCCUCUGGUGGGAGAGGGGGACAGGGUGAAGCCACCACCAGAUGCUGCACAUGGCCUCAUGGCAAGCAAUUGCAAGAGCAGCUCUGCAGACUCAGGGAAGCCAGCGGCCCCACGGCACAUUCCCACCAUCACUUUACCCGAGAGCGACAUAGAAGACCAGUCACCCCCAUGGCAGCCUGAAACCUGUUGGGAAGAGCAGACACCAGGUUUCAAGAGUCACUUUUUGUCCACACCUAGAACAGGGCCCCCUGGCAGAAGACCGGUCCCCGGUGAAAUGGCAAAUUCCCCUAACCCCAGCUCCCCGGGGGAGAGCAGUGCGUGCUCCCCUGUUGCCAGCAGCAUGUGGGAGGAGGCUUCCCAGGCCCCUGGAGGACCAGAGCUGCUGCCCGAGGAGCCUCCUCAAGCCAGCCCCUGGGCCAGCUCCAGUCCUGCCAGGGUCACCAGGAGGGAGGACCUGACCCACGCCCUCGUGUGGGAGGGUGGCUCCGACCCCCUACUUGAGCUGUCGGCAGAAGACCUCCGAACCCUCUCUCCAAGAGGUUCAUUGCUGGAUGUGGCUACCAGCCCAGCAGGCACCCCUGGGAGACUUGAGCUUCCUGCACAGCUAGAGAGGGCAGCAAGCAAGCCACCUGCAGUUCCACCCAAAACAGAGAAAGCCCUGCGGCGGGCGAAGAAGCUGGCAAGUAAGAGGAGGAAGACCGACCAGGCUCAGGAGAAGCACGGCGAGUCACAAGAGGGAAAACCCUGCCCAGAGGACUUGGAGCAGACACAGCAAAGGCCACUGUGCCCCAGAGAGAGGCUCCGACACAGUUUCCCUGUGGUCCGUUCCCUGCCCCCUCCCGUGCACCGCCACUCCGUGUCCGGCUUCUCAGAGCCUGUCGGGAGGCAGCCCGGAGGCCCCCAGUCCCUCACACCCCUGCCUGCCUACCCCGCCACCCAGAAGGUCCUCCAGGAUCCGCAGUCCGGGGAGUACUUUGUCUUCGACUUGCCACUCCAGGUGAAAAUCAAGACCUUCUAUGACCCAGAGACGGGCAAGUAUGUCAAGGUCUCCAUCCCGUCCUCCGAGGGGGCCUCCCCAGAGCCGACCCCACCAGAUGCCCUGGCCGCUCCCUAUGUGCUGUACCCCGGCUUCCAGCCAGUGCCUGUGACGGCCUUGAUGCCACUGCGCUGCUCCUCUCAGCUCUCCGCACCCACCUUCCUCAGGCAAGGCCCUCGUGCCUCCACGGCCCGUGCCAGGCCCCAGAGUGUCCACGAGUCUGGACUACAGCUGGCCUCAGGGCCUCAUGGUGACUGCACCCCGCACUCCGCAGGCCAGCGCCCCCAUGGGCCUCCCCAGAGCCCAGAAGAGGAGGGUGCAGAAGCUCCAGGUCUGGGGAUCAUCUCCACCGAUGACCUAGAGGACUUUGCCACAGAAGGCAUUUCUUGAGUUACCGCAGGCUGAGCCCCACCCCCAGAUGAACCCAGAGGAGCUUACUUCCCCCUCUCCCAAAA